AGAGAAGUAAGUGGCCUUGAUCCCCGAGCUCUUGUUUACAUCCUCAACAAUGUGAGAGGGACAGAGAAGCGAAACCAUUUAAUAUCAGAUGCGGGGUUGUCAUCGUACCAAUUGCAAGAUUGCUGCCAAAAUUUCACAUAUCGGGAUGAUGCUUAGAGAGGAUCGCCAUCAACGAUUGCUUCCCCAUCUUCCCCUGACGUCACAAUUACCAAACAAUCGAGAAAUCAUCAUUGAUUGGAUGUCAGAUGACCAUGUGACUCAAACGUAUGACCUUAUUCAGCAGUGCGCUGAAGAUGGACAUGGAUUUGGUGUGGAUGAAUUCGAAAACGAAGAAGAUUUUCGUGAGGAAAUACGGGAAUCAUUUUGUUUCGUGGUUAUGGACAGAUCAACAAAAGAAAUGCUUGCAUCAUUCAUUAUGACGUCAAGCAAGUUUUAUCGCGGUUCUCCGGACGCUGUGGACCCGUAUAUUAUCGUCAGACCUCAUGACCGCCAAAAGGGAAUUGGCGAAUUUUGUAUGAGAAAAGUUUUGGAAUUCUCUGAAAUUCUUGGAUACCAAGGAAUGUAUGUGGAUACCUUUUGUAACAAUACAGGGAUGCAGAAAAUCCUUGCGAAACUGGGUGGUUUCAUGAAAUGUGGCUGCCUUCCCAUGGGAGGAAAACUGAAAAACGGAAACAUCAUUGCUUCUCUGAUAUUCUUCCGUGAUCUUACGAACUACUCCAAUGGUUGAUGAUACCCAUUAGGUAAAAAUAAGAACAGAAAAAUAUUUUGUGAAAGGAAUCGAGCUUUUUGCAGGUGAAGAACUAUCAGUGAUUCCAAUAGCUCGGCCCUCUUAUACCCAACGAUGCUAAAGGGGCGUAUUCCUUUUCUGCAUCUGAAUAGACUGACAUGUACAGUAUGUACACCGUUAUAAUCUGAUUGACGAUAAUAUUAUCAUGUUUCAAAGUAAAAAAAGCAUGAUACUAUCUUCGAUUGUUCUGUGACCAACUUAGUAUAAAUGGCAGGGAUGCACUACUAUAAUUUUAUUAUUAAGAUUUUAGAGCACUAUUUUUAAAGCAAGAUUUUUAAAAACUAUAUAUUCUUACAAUAAAUCUUGUUCCAUUCUUC